AUGACUGCAGAGCUGCAGCAGGACGACGCGGCUGGAGCAGCCGACCGACACGGCUCGAGCUGCCAAAUGCUGUUAAACCAACUAAGAGAAAUCACAGGCAUUCAGGACCCUUCCUUUCUUCAUGAAGCUCUGAAGGCCAGUAAUGGUGACAUCACCCAGGCAGUCAGCCUUCUCACCGAGGAAAGAGUUAAAGAGCCCACUCAAGACACUGUUGCUACAGAACCAUCUGAAGUAGAGGGCAGCGCUGCCAACAAAGAAGUUUUAGCAAAAGUGAUAGACCUUACCCAUGAUAACAAAGAUGAUCUUCAAGCUGCCAUUGCUUUGAGCCUACUGGAAUCCCCCAAAAUUCAAGCUGAUGGAAGAGAUCUGAACAGGAUGCACGAGGCAGCUUCUGCAGAAACGAAACGCUCCAAGAGAAAACGCUGUGAAGUCUGGGGAGAAAAUCCCAAUCCUAACGACUGGAGGAGAGUCAAUGGGUGGCCCGUUGGGCUGAAGAAUGUUGGCAAUACAUGUUGGUUUAGUGCUGUUAUUCAGUCUCUCUUUCAACUGCCUGAAUUUCGAAGACUUGUCCUCAGCUAUAGUCUACCGCAGAAUGUGCUUGAAAACUGUCCGAGUCACACGGAAAAGAGAAAUAUUGUGUUUAUGCAAGAGCUUCAGUAUUUGUUUGCUCUGAUCAUGGGAUCAAAUUGCAAAUUUGUAGACCCUUCAGCAGCCCUGGAUCUCUUAAAGGGAGCAUUCCAAUCACCUGAGGAACAGCAGCAAGAUGUGAGUGAAUUCACACACAAGCUCCUGGAUUGGCUAGAGGACGCAUUCCAGCUAGCUCUGAGUGUGAACAAUCCCAGGAACAAAUCUGAAAAUCCAAUGGUGCAGCUUUUCUACGGUACUCUCCUCACUGAAGGGGUUCGUGAAGGAAAGCCCUUUUGCAACAAUGAGACCUUUGGCCAGUAUCCCCUUCAGCGUUGGUUUACAAAGCUACCUCCAGUGUUGACCUUUGAACUCUCAAGAGUCGAGUUCAAUCAGUCCCUUGGUCAGCCAGAGAAAAUUCACAAUAAGCUGGAAUUUCCUCAGAUCAUUUAUAUGGACAGGUACAUGUACAAGAGCAAAGAGCUUAUUCGAAGUAAGAGAGAGUGUAUUCGAAAGUUGAAGGAGGAAAUAAAAGUUCUGCAGCAAAAACUGGAAAGGUACGUGAAGUACGGCUCAGGCCCAGCUCGGUUUCCACUCCCGGACAUGCUGAAAUACGUUAUCGAAUUUGCCAGUACAAAACCUGUCCCAGAAAGGGCCACGUCUCAAAGCGAUGCGCACAUGACGUUACCGCUUUCUUCAGCACACUGCGCAGUUUCUGACCUGGCAUCCAAGGAAAGUACAAGCAAAGAAAGCUCUUCUCAGGAUGUUGAAGGUACCUUUUCUUCUGAAGAUCCUCUACCCAAAUCUAAGGCAAUGAAUAAGCCACUUGCAUCUUCCCGGUCUUCAAUGGAAAUGCCUGCACAGCCAGCUCCUCGAACCGUCACAGACGAGGAGAUAAACUUUGUUAAGACCUGUCUUCAGAGGUGGAGGAGUGAGAUCGAACAAGAUAUACAAGAUUUAAAGAACUGUAUUGCAAGCACCACCCAGACUAUUGAGCAGAUGUAUUGUGACCCUCUCCUUCGUCAGGUGCCUUAUCGCUUGCAUGCUGUUCUUGUUCAUGAAGGGCAAGCAAACGCUGGACAGUACUGGGCCUAUAUCUAUAAUCAACCCCGACAAGUCUGGCUCAAGUACAAGGACAUCUCUGUUACUGAAUCUUCCUGGGAAGAACUUGAAAGAGAUUCUUAUGGGGGCCUGAGAAAUGUUAGUGCUUACUGUCUGAUGUACAUUAACGACCAGCUACCGCACUUCAAUGCAGAGGUAGCCCCAAGCGAAUCAGAUCAGAUGUUAGGAGAAGUGGAUGCCCUGUCUGUUGAACUGAAGCAUUACAUUCAGGAAGAUAACUGGAGGUUUGAGCAGGAAGUCGAGGAGUGGGAAGAAGAGCAGUCUUGCAAAAUCCCUCAAAUGGAAUCCUCCACGAGCUCAGCAUCCCAGGAUUUCUCUCCAUCCCCAGAGCCUUCAGCAACCGCCUCGCAUGGGGUCCGCUGCUUGGCGUCGGAGCACGCUGUGAUUGUCAAGGAGCAGACAGCGCAGGCCAUCGCGAACAGCGCGCACGCCUACGAGAGGAGCGGCGUGGAGGCGGCGCCGAGCGAGGCGUUCCAUGAAGAAUACUCCAGGCUCCACCGGCUUGCCAAAGAGACGCCCGCUUCACACAGCGAUCCUUGGCUCCAGCACGUGCUGGUCUACUUUUUCCAAAAUGAAGCGCCCAAAAGAGUAGUAGAACGGACCCUCCUGGAACAGUUUGCAGAUAAAAAUCUUAGCUAUGAUGAAAGAUCCAUCAGCAUCAUGAAGGUGGCUCAAGCUAAACUGAAGGAGAUUGGUCCAGAUGACAUGAAUAUGGAAGAGUACAAGAAGUGGCACGAAGAUUAUAGUUUGUUUCGAAAGGUGUCUGUGUAUCUUCUCACAGGCCUGGAACUCUACCAAAAAGGAAAGUACCAAGAGGCACUCUCCUACCUGGUCUAUGCCUACCAGAGCAAUGCCGCUCUGCUGAUGAAGGGGCCCCGCCACGGGGUGAAGGAAUCGGUCAUCGCUUUGUACUGAAGAAAAUGCCUUCUGGAGCUGAAUGCCAAAGCAGCUUCUCUCUUUGAAACAAACGAUGACCACUCUGUAACUGAGGGCAUUAAUGUGAUGAAUGAGUUGAUCAUUCCCUGCAUUCACCUUAUCAUUAAUAAUGACAUCUCCAAGGAUGACCUCCAUGCCAUCGAGAUCAUGAGAAACCAUUGGUGCUCUUACCUUGGGCAAGAUAUCGCUGAAAAUCUACAGCUGUGCUUAGGAGAGUUUCUACCCAGGCUUCUGGAUCCUUCUGCAGAAAUCAUUGUCCUGAAGGAGCCUCCGACCAUUCGGCCCAAUUCUCCCUAUGACCUUUGUAGCCGAUUUGCAGCUGUCAUGGAGUCAAUUCAGGGGGUUUCCACUGUGACAGUGAAAUAA